AUGGAGCACAUGGAGGAUGAUGAUGUCGUUUUGCUGUCAGAUACGAGGGUAAGGGAGGAAAAUCUUCAGUAUUUAGAAGCACCGGACCAACCCCGCGUGGUAAAUGAAAAUACCAAUUAUCAGAUUCAAGAUGCUCCGGACGAAUUGAUGCACGUGUCAGAAGACGCAUGCAACAAUCCUGAGGUUGAUGGCAACAUCCAACCCAAUUCGACUGAGGACCUCCAUCCUCCAGUAGAGCUCCGCUUGACCAAUUACGCCUUAAAAUGCGCUGUCGUGGCCUCUAUUACCUCCGGUUUGCUUGGUGUUUAUGUAAAAGUGAUGAGUGGAGGGGCGGUGCACAUAAAGCAAGACCGGAAGACAACUGAAAUUUCGAUGGGGGCCCUAACGGGGAUCCUCAACUUGUUCGUUAUCCUUGGGUCGGCGAUGGCAGGGUGGACCGCCGAUUUGAAAGGCCGCCGCCGCACGAUUGUGUUUGGGGGGGCCAUCUUGUUCUUUGCAACCCUCUUCAUGAGGUUUGCCCCCAGCUAUGCCUUCUUCCUAAUAGGCAACUUGUUCGCCAACAUUGGCGUCGGCUACGCCCUUAUGAUCUCACCCCUCUACAUCGCUGAGGUUUCCCCUACCUUCUCCCGUGGCUGCCUAACCUCCUUCCCGGAGAUAUUCAUCAACUGCGGCAUCAUCCUUGGCUACAUCUUCAAUUAUGUUUUCUCCAAGCUCCACCUCAGCAUUGGGUGGCAUGUUAUACUAAGCGUGGGAACAACCUCCUUGGCCAUCCUCACCAUUAGGGUCCUCCACAUGCCGGAAUCCCCCCGGUGGCUCAUCAUGGAGGGCCGCCUGCUUGACGCAAAGCACGUCCUUGCUAAGACCUACGGCUCCAAUGAGGAGGCCGCGCUCCGGUUCACCAGCAUCAAAGAGGCUGCUGGCAUCCCUCCUGAAUGCAACGGAGAUAUUGUCAAUGUCAACAGGCAUAGUAUCUGGGAGGUUAUAUGGCGGGAUCUCCUCCUUCACCGGACCCGGUCCAUGUGCCAUAUUCUCGUCUGCGUCAUUAUGAUCCACUUCUUUCACGAGGCCUUUGCCAUUGACGCCGUCUUCCUCAUUUUCAAGACGGCUGACAUCACCUCCUCCAGCGACAAGCUCCUAAUGACCUUGGCAGUUGACUUGGUAAAGACAAUAUCCAUCCCUGUCGCUACCUUACUCCUUGAUCGGGUUGGGCGACGGCCAUUGCUGCUGUUCAGCACUGGCGGGAUGAUAUUUUCCCUCACCUUCCUAGGAACAUUCCUCACCAUCAUCGACCAAAGGGACACAAAGCUCACGUGGGAGGUGAACAUGUGUAUCGUCUCAGUGUUGCUCCACGCAUUCUUCUUUUCUGUCGGGUUGGGGCCGGUCACGUCAGUAUAUAGCUCAGAGAUCUUCCCACUAAGUAUACGUGCGCAGGGGUGUGCAAUCGGUGUCAUUGCGAAUCAGGUGGUGAGCAUAAUAAUAUCGAUGACAUUCUUCCCGCUGUACCAGGCGAUCACCCUUGGUGGGACCGCCUUCUUGUUAGCGGCGAUUGCGAUCUCGGCAUUCUUGUUCGUCUACAAGUUCAUGCCAGAGACGAAGGGGCGAACGUUGGAGGAGAUGGGGCUGUUUUUCGGUGAAUUCACCAACUGGAGGUCUGCGGCGAGGGAGAUAGAGAUGCAAGGAACAGCGACGCGACCAAGACAGCAGUGA